CUCCCCCUUCCUCCUCGCUCUCCCCUCGUGCUGGAGCUGCGGCAGCCGGGGCGCGGGGGCACCGCGGGCACCGCGGCCCGGGCGGUAUGGCACGGAGCACCGCGAUCUGGCUGCCGCGGGCGGCGCGGGGCAGCAAUGCCAAAUGAAUAUAACUCUAUGAAACUGAAGAGUGAUUGCCCUCCUUCCCUGCCAUGGUAUGCCCAACCUCCAAAAAAAAUGAGAAGACCCAGCCUGUUAUUAAAAGACAUUCUCAAAUGUUUGCUACUUGUGUUUGGAGUGUGGAUCCUUUAUAUCCUCAAAUUAAGUUAUAGUGUUGAAGAAUGUGACAUGAAAAGAGUGCAUUAUGUGGAUCCUGAGCGUGUAAAGAGAGCGCAGAAAUAUGCUCGCCAAGUAUUGCAAGGGGAAUGUCGACCCCGUUUUGUGAAAAAGGAGAUGGAACGAUUAUUUGGUCAGAAAUAUGGCACGGACUCAUCUCCCUUUGUGAAAGAAAAUAUGGAAACAAAUGAAGACAUAUAUAAAUAUGAUCCUCCAUUUGGAUUUCGCAAGUUCUCCAGUAAACUGCAAAACCUUUUAAAACUUUUGCCUGAGCACGAUUUGCCCGAAAACCUGAAAGCAAAACAUUGUAAACAUUGUGUUGUUAUGGGAAAUGGUGGAAUCCUAAAUGGACUUGGACUGGGCCACAUAUUGAAUCAGUUUGAUAUUGUGAUCAGGCUAAACAGUGCACCAGUUCAGGGAUACACAGACCAUGUUGGGAACAAAACUACUAUAAGGAUGACUUAUCCAGAGGGAGCUCCACUGUCUGACCUCGAGUAUUAUUCUAAUGACUUGUUUGUUGCGGUUUUAUUUAAGAGUGUUGACUUCAACUGGCUUGAAGCAAUGAUAAAAAAUGAAACAGUGCCACUUUGGGUACGCCUGUUCUUUUGGAAGCAUGUCGCUGAGAAAAUACCACUUCAAUCAAAACAGUUUAGGAUUCUGAAUCCGGUCAUCAUUAAAAACACUGCCAUGGACAUGCUGCACUACUCAGAACCUCAACCAAGAAUCUGGGGCUGGAGUCAGAAUGUUCCCACCAUGGGUAUCGUUGCUGUGGUCCUGGCCACCCAUCUGUGUGAUGAAGUCAGUUUGGCAGGUUUUGGAUAUGAUCUCAAUCAGCCCAAAACCCCUUUACAUUACUUUGACAACCUCUGCAUGGCCGCAAUGAAUGAACAAACAAUGCAUAACCUGACAACAGAAACCAGAUUUCUGCAAAAGCUCGUGAAAGAAGGAACUGUGACAGACCUGAGUGGAGGGAUACAUUGUGAAUUUUAAAGAUGAAAAAGAGGAACCUUGCCGUUUAACCCGAGAGGGCAGCUUUAAAUAGGACUCUGCAAGCAGGUUGCUGACCACCUUCUUCAUAUUUUUUCAUUGUGUUAACAGUUUGAAAAAUUGCUGGGGGGGGUUUCUUACUGUUUAAAAAAAUAAGUUUAUUUUCUUGUGUUAUUUAUUUGAGGUCAGUGUUUGUGUUUUUGCACAAUAUUUGUGUAAGUUGAUUUUAAGAACUGAACUUGGAAAGAUUUUUAAAGAGAAUUUAUGUGAUAUUGUUUUAUUCUAUUUUGGAAAAUAAUUUACAUUUUUGAAAUCUGUCUCUAUACUGCACAUAGCAUACCAUGUGAUUAGGUGGAAGGAGGGAGAAGGUGUCAGUCAUUCUCUGGUGGUUUUUACAUGUUUAUUUUCUAAUGUGUUAUUUUACUUGGUUGUAUGAAUUCAUGGAAUUCUGCCAAGGCUCUGUGGAGAGGGGCUAAAGGCCAGCAGAGCUGGGGGUGCAGCUUUGCUGGGGUACAGGCUGGUAGUGGAGCAAAGAGAGCCAUCCUGCCUGAUGAUGGCCACAGCACUUCUUGUAAUACCCUAUCUGGAUGAGGCUGAGGGAUACUGCACUGGGAGUCCAGGAUGGCUGGGACAGUCUCCCCAUCUUCACCUAAAUAACUGACUAGGACAAACCCUCAGUCUUCCCAGAAAUAGUGACUGUUUGGCAGCCCAAAAUGGGGGUACUAGAGACUUGAAUUAGGUUAAUGUUUGUAGUUUGUUGUUUUCCCUUUCACUUCUGAUAAUUCUACGUCACUCUCUUAAUUCAAGAUGCCCUGCUUUGUGCUCAUAAACAAGACCUUUAUUUGGUUACUGUUGCUUUUGUUAAGUACAAUGAAACUUCUGUUAUCCAGAAUUUCUAGAGAAUAAUCCAUUCCAGAAAAAAUAAAUUUUUUUUAUAUAGAUGAGAGUUUCCACUGCAGCUUUUUCUAGCUGAUGGAAAUCUUUCUAGAGUAUGCUAGGUAUUUCCUGACCUUCAGAUGUUGUUUUGCUCGAGGUAUAAGGAUAGAAGCAGAUAGAGUCAGUAUGAACUCACUUCAUUGCUUCUCCCUGUCACACACACACACACACACACACACACACACACACACACACACACACACACACACACACACACACACACGCAGCGAAUGACUUCCCUAGUCUGGUAAACAACAGGCCUGGUUGGUGGCGGACUGUGAACUCCUGGGGAAGUGCACUUGACUCUCUUCCUGCCCCAUGUCCCCAGGUCCCCACUCCCCACGCACAUGUUCUCUGCCUAGGCUUCGUCUUGGGCUAUAUCAUGCUGAAGUACAGACAGUCCUCUCCUCUGCAGCCAACCGCCUCGGGCUCCUGAGAUGCCCUCAUUUCUCAGUCGCUGAAUCUUUUCUCUGCCACCCCCACGGCUGCUCCUCGUGUGCCCCUGACCUCCCCCCAGCUGCUGCUCUCUCCCUCGGCUCACAGACCGCUUUCCUUUUUGUCUCCCUUGCUUCCUCUCGUUGUGCCUCCUGGGCUGCUGGGGGUCAUUUCUUUGAGGCCAGUUUUGUGGAUGUUUACCAGCCCGUGGAUGCCCAGCACACAGGGCUGGGGUUUUCACAGCCUCUUGGCAGUUCUCACUGGAAUCUUUUGAGUCUAGCUCUCUUCUUAUUGUUCUGUUGCUCCUUGUUUAUCGAAGCUUAGUCUUUUAAUCAUAAAUUCUUCCCUUUAAUAUUUUUUUUACUUGAGAGUCUAGAGCCAUCAUGGAUUCUUAAGGGUGCUAUACAGCUAUAAUAUGACUAUGAUCAUUUUGUGUUGUUUACCACACACAUACAUGCCCCCAAACAAAACAAAACAACCUGGCAUACAUAAAAUAAGUUAGUUCUGAAACAUCUUUGGAAAAAAUUUCCUUUUCUCUAUCUCAGGCUACAUUUUGAUGGCACUAGAAAAUACAGACUAAUUAGUAGCUAUUUUUUAAAAGACUGUAUUCAGAACCCUGAACAGGGCUUGGAAAAAUGCAUUGGGGGAUAAGGGGAUAAAUAGAUCUAAAUAUAGUCUCUUAGUUUUUUAAAAGCAGAAUUAAGCCAAGCUCUUAACAAAGCACUUUUAGUUUUCUAGAAAUCUACUUGUGUCUGUUAAAUGACGUUUUUAUCAUUUAUUUAUGUUGUUUUAUAAAUUAAUAUAAUAGAAACUAUGUUUAUAUGCACAAAUAGUAUUGACAUAAGCCAAUUAAAAAAAAAAAACCUUUUUCAUUUUCUUAGUCAAACAAGUUUUUUGAUAUGACAUGUCAGAUUGGUCAAAAAUGGUCACCUGGACUUGUGUGUCUAGAUAUGCGUUCAUAAAAAAGAAUGCCAUGACAGAA